GCACUUGAGUCCCGAACAGCUCCCGUGUGUUUCCCACGCGCCGCCCCCUCCGGCAGACUGUGAGGAGCAGCCACACACGAGCAGGCGACACUCAAGUGACCCAUUCCGCCUUCAUUGGGAGGGACAGUGGCUUCGGGAACAUUUUGGCGUGCUGCUAGUCAUCACAGAGCUCCCACAUGGAUCCGAGGAAGAGGAUAGCAGCACAAACACGACGUGUUGGUGGAUUACGGACAUUAACACAGUGAGAUGAAUCAAGGAGCGAAGGAUGUGGGAAGAUCGUGGGAACUGAAGAGGGAACGCGUUUGUUUUCACCUGUGAGGUGGAUAUGAUUCAUGACACGGUGUACUUUUCACUGCGCGUAGUGGUUUUUACGGUCAUGUCUGUCACACUUUGCCAACUGUUCGAGGAUCCUUAACCGCGCUCGUGAACCGGAACCAUGGCUCUGGUGUAUACCCUGCUGCUACAGACAGCAGUUGUUUGGGCUUCAAAUUACGGAUACGUGGAGUGGUCAGACAGUGACAGAGACGACAAGAAUCCCCCGAUCUUCAGUACCCAAAACAUUUACCGGGAAUCGCUCCACAAUCCCACGUUCGACGCGCAUGUUCCAGCCACAGAACGCGCGGUUGUGGCGCACAAGAUCGAGGAGGACUUGCCCCGAGUGGUGACCGCCUUCCUACACACAGGGGACUCUUCGGCGCUCAGGCAGGUAAACUGUUCAAGAAGGUACGAGCUCAGCAGCCUGAGAGGCGGCCUGCACGUGGCUUCGCACUAUUCCCUCCACAGCAUCUUGGAUACAGUUGCGCACGCCACUAACUUCCUAAACAUGAUCCUCCAAACGAACAGGUCUCGAGAGCACAGUGUGCGCCGGGACAUCCACUGGUAUCACGCUCUGGUGCAGAGCAUCUUGGAAGGGGAUCCCAAAAUUCACAGGGCAGUAGUUACUUUUCACUCUGACGCGCGCACACCUGGCCCUCACGUUUUUCUUCAGGCGACAAGAACCGAGAAGGAUGUUGUGCUACAAGACCUUUCUGCGUCCGUUCACAGACGCCUCAGGAGCAGGGGUCCCGAGUCAGACUGGUUUAAUGACAUCAGAGACGGGAGACCCCUCACUCACAGGAAAGUGCAGGACGUGUCGGGCUCUAAAGGUGCAAGUUACCUCCUGGAUAAGAACCAGAUCAAAUGGUCUGCCCCUUACUUGGAGUGUGAGCACGGGGUCUUUGUGCCCUAUUGGCUUCUCACUCUAUCUGCGGGCUUCUAUGGACUCAAGAAUAACUCUGCACCCGAGUUCAGGGGCGUUGUGCGAGUGGACGUUAACUUACAGGAUGUGGACAUUGACCAGUGCUCGAACAGUGGCUGGUUUGCUGGCACUCACCGCUGUAACCUCACCAGCAUGGAGUGCACCCCCAUCGAGGGCCACGGCUUUGUAUUGGACAAGUACAAGUGCCAGUGUCGCAGUGGGUUCUACCAUCCCAGUCGAGUGGCUCUCAAUGGACACAAAAGUAAAGACAGAGAUGACCCCUCAGAAGGCUCCACCAGGUGCCUGCCAUGUCGGGACGGGUGCCCCUUCUGUCAGGACGACACACCAUGUGUGGUGCAGGAGGAUGGGGCGCUCAGGCUCUCUGUGGCCACUCUGCAGGGGCUCUGCAUGCUGCUGGAUCUGGCCUGCAUGGUGGCCCUGUAUCACCUCCGCAGGAAUAAGAGCAUCCGCACGUCUGGACUGAUUCUGCUGGAGGCCAUCUUAUGUGGGGCUCUGCUGCUCUACUUUCCAGUGAUGAUCCUGUUCUUCAACCCCAGUGUGUUUCGAUGUAUCCUCCUGCGCUGGGUCCGUCUCCUGGGGUUUGCCAUUAUGUACGGCACCAUUGUUCUCAAGCUGUACAGGGUGCUGAAGGUGUUCCUGUCCCGCACUGCCCAGAGGACUCCCUACAUGACGAGUUGGCGGGUGCUGCGUCUUCUCCUUGUCAUCCUUUUAGUAGUGCUGUGGUUCCUCGUGGCCUGGACCUCGGCUGUUUGUCAGAAACCAGAUCUGAACCAGGUCCUGAUCAGUGCUGGCCUCACCGCGGAUGGGCUGCAGUUCAGUAUGUGUCUGCUGGACCGCUGGGACUACAUGAUGGCUGUGGCUGAGUUCCUGUUCCUGCUUUGGGGCGUGUACCUGUGCUACGCGGUUCGGACCGUGCCCUCAGCGUUCCACGAGCCUCGUUACAUCGCUGUGGCGAUCUACAAUGAGCUUGUGGUGUCAGCCAUCUUUCAAAUCCUCAGGUUUUCUCUGGUCCCGGGACUCCAUCCUGACUGGAUGUUCAUGUUGUUCUUCGCUCACACUCAUCUGACUGUUACUGUCACUUUGUGUCUACUGCUCGUCCCAAAGUUUUUGGCCAAAGGGACUCAGGCCAGGGACGACAUUGCCACAGAGGCAUAUGAGGAGGAGCUGGACAUGGGACGGUCCGGGUCUUAUUUAAACAACAGCAUCACCUCAGCCUGGAGUGAGCACAGUCUGGACCCUGAGGACAUACGGGAUGAACUGAAGAAGCUGUAUGCUCAGCUCGAGAUCCAUAAGCGAAAGAAGAUGCUCGCUAACAACCCUCACCUUCAGAAGAAACGCAACUCCAAAAAGGGCCUGGGUCGCACCCUGAUGAAGCGCAUCACAGAGAUCCCAGAGACUAUGCACCUGCACCGGCAGGGAAGUCGCGAGGAGGGCAGCGAACAUGGUAGCAACAGGAGCACUCUCCGGAGGGGGGCUUUUGACCACCCAGGACACCAUGGUAAAUCACGAGAUGAUUCCCUAAGGAACAAAGUCAUGGCACUAAAGAAGUCCCUGAGCUACGACCAUGUCUGUGACCAGGAGGGGGCUGCCCCCAGCCCCAGCGGCUCAGCUGGUGGAGAGAAAAUGACCCCUGUGGGAGGCGGAGAGGGAUCAUUUUUGGGCUCACUGAUUGGUCGAAAACAUGCCAAGAAACCAAUGGACUCACCUGUGACCAUCCAGACCCUCCAGCCUGCGGAAUCCACAGAAUCUGUCCCCCUCUUCUGGAAAUCUGCCAGUGCCCACAACCUGACGCAUGAAAAGAAACCAGUCCACCUGCGCACCACCAUCAUGCAGAAGUCUCUGAGUGUCAUUUCCAGCGCCAAAGAGAAGAUGCCCGGUCUGGCCAACAAGAAUGUGGAGGAUGCCAAUAAAAGGGGUCCGAAAGGGCACGAAGGGGGCACCCUGGCAGAAGUGGACGAGACCCCAGAACAAUAUCCAAAGAUGAUCGUGAGCCAAUCUGUGGAGUACUCCAAAGCACCACUCAAAAUGGGCAUCAUGAAACAGCAGGUGAGUGGUAGCCAGCCCUCCAUCUGCUCUGAGACUGGGAGGAGCCUCUACGAUGUCUCUGAGGUGUGUCCAUGGGAGAUAGAGGAGAGUCAGACCCCCACAUCUGAAGUCAAAGCCCAAAAACAUGUCUCCAUUGCCCCGGGAGAAACCACAGCCUGUCGCCGUGGCAGCACUUCUGGGAGCACCAAAGGGGGGCGCUCUCAGCAGAGACACAAAACUGGACAAUCACCGGCCAACAGACGAAGAAGCAGGGACAAAGGAGCAGAAAAGGAGGAGAUGAGGGAGUCGCGAAAAUCCAGACCGUCAAAGUCUCCUCUGCCGUUGAAACCAGAUGUCUGUCCAUGGGACUUUGAGGAGCAGCCAAUUAUGGGACCAGAGACCAUUUCUCCAGAUCGAAUGCGACGAAAGAAAAGUGUCACGCCCACCGAUGGCAAACCCAAAACUCUCCAUUCGGACCACUCCAAGUCCACCGGGAGUCUACUGCAACCUCCGUCACUCAUGGUAGAGAUAUGCCCGUGGGAUUACUCUAGUCCCCCAUCGCCGAAACAGGAGCGAGGGUGCAACAGUCCCGGCACACACAAGAAGAAGAGGAAAGGCUCGUGUUCGUCCAAUCACAAAGCAGAGAAAGAAAAGGGUCGGGAGAAGAGCAGGGAGAGACGCAGCUCCUCCAGUAAACCAUCUUCAGAGAGGAGGAGGGUGAGCCAGUCCUCGGAUUGUCCCGUGGGGGUGGGGUCAGAGAGACGAAGGAGCUCGUCCAGGGACCCAGAGGUGGUGUACCGGGACAAUGAGGCAUCUCGCGGCAGCCUCACACAGACUAAACCCUCCGGAGAGAGGAAGAGAGCUGCUGUCAUCAGUGCACCUAACAUGGCCGACGUCUGCCCUUGGGACUUCCCCGAUCCGGACUCUGGAGGGAGGGUGUGAGGAAAACAUGUGAUUGUCAUUUUUCAUUCCCAAAAGAAAAAAAAAAGACUUGGACGAAUUAACCUGAGAGUUAAGAUUAGUUUUUUUUCAGCAAGUCUCUUUUUGUGCUGAUCGAAAACAUUAUUCUACUUUCUUUCUUGCAACUCAAGCAAAACAUGACAGGGAAUACAACCUUCAGGUCACUCUUAUAGUAGUUUUCCACACUUUGCUUGUUUUUUCACUAAGUAACAGUUUUAGUUAAAGUAGACCCAACAAUCACUUAUUAUCAUGGAACAGUUCUCCUCACAGCUUACUCGAUAUGCAUUUCCCUUGGUGUACUCUGAUUAGGGAUAAAUUUAGAUUAGGUGAUAAGCCAGCAGAGACCAACUCUAUUAGACAUGAUGAUGAAAGGCAGUGGGGAAUAACAUUGUGCAGAAAAAAAGAAGAAUGAGCUGUGAGGUUUCUAGACACAGCAGGCAAGCCAAACCUUUAGACAGAUUUUCAUAAUUCAAGUUAGCUUAGUUAAGUCAAGUCAAGUUAGUUAACGACAAUGUGUUUGAGCAGAGGUACCUGGGGAUUGCCACUGUUAAGUCUUCUGAUAACAAGCUCAUACUACAGCCAUAAUUGGUUUAUUUAGUCAACAUUUGCUUUUCCUUUAGACAGUCUCCUCUGGGGUUUUCAAUACAAAUCAUCUUCAUGGUAAUGCGAUUCACCUAUUGAUUUGGCAUAGGUAAUACAUCAGAUGCCCUUCCAAUUAUGACAGCCGUGCUUUUAAGGCUUUGGGCUGACACAAGAAAAUGGAAGCCCACCACCGUUUUUUAUUCUGUAUUUUUAUUUAUUCUUUUUUUUUUUUACAUUGUACUGUGAAAGAUGGACACACGUUACAAAAUAGCACACUUUAGCCCCCAGAUUCAGCCUGCCUUGUUAGUUAUGCUCGGUGCACUUUUGGUCUUCAAAUAGACAGCCAUCCACACAUGCAUGACCAAGUACUCAAUCACAUAUUUCAUUGCUAAAACCAUUAAUUUAUUUACCAUUUACACUUCAAUAACGACAGUAUUUCCAUCCUUUGACCACCCACUAUUAAUAAUGAAUACAGUGCAAUGUUAACCACCUAUGUCUGUGUGAAGCUGCAUCCUGAUGUGCAUGAUCAUACUGGGCUUUAUGAACAAAAAACAUAACAAAAAGUUAAGGUCCUACAGAAGGGAAAAUACCACUUUUAAAAAUGUGUCUCAAAGAAUGUGAAGUAAUGAAAAAAGGCACAAUACACAUUUAUAAUCUUUCAGUUUUGUACCAGGUUUUGUUGGGCCUUUCGAAUGGAAAACUGUGCACAAAUAAAUGUAUUUUAUGCUUGUUCAUUGUGUUACUACUAAAAGUUGCAAAUGAUUGUAGCGUCCACAUGAGAAAGUUUCUAUUGUACAAUCAUGUUGUGUUGCAUGUACAUAAGAGUCAAUGCUACAGUUCUGAAUUAAAUGUUUCUACAAAAGUA